CAGCCUUGCCCAUGCGGGAGUGGCUCAUUGAUGGAUACACGCUGCUCACACUGUGUUCAGUAUACGACCGCAUGUACUACUUGCUUCCGUGAAUCACACAUUCACCAACCAUUUCAUUGGUCGGAAACAUGGAACGGUCGCUUUUUCGAGCGUAUCUACGAUCCCAAAGCAAGACCAGCACUGCACCUCGGGCAUGGUGGACGGAAAUGUCCUGAAGCGGCGGAGGAACGACACAUAUCGUUUACCAUUGCGGAUACAUCAGGAGUUCAUCAAAUGAGUGUCGUAUUCUGUCGCUGUUUCAAUCAUGGGGACCGAGCUGAACAGCUCAUGGACGCGAAGCUAUUUCCAGCAUCAAUGGACCAACCGACCACGGCAUUUACCUUCAGCCUGCUCCGCGACUUUCACAUGCAUAGUCUCACUUCUAAGAAGUCAGCCUACGACUUUGUUCUUGCUCUCCGGCGUCUGAGCAACAACGCAUUUCCAGACUCGGUUCCGGAUAUCUAUCCGCAGUUUCUCUGCGUGAUUCGCGUCUGGCGAUACCUCAUCAUGCUCAAGCGCAGUGGUCAAAUGCAUGCAAUAGACAAUUGUCUUCCAGGUCGUCCGCCUGGCAGUGUCAUUGUCCCCUGCUUUGCAUGUCCCGAAAGGGGUCUCAAUACCACCGACGAUUUACGUAUAGCCUGGCAUCUUACACGACUUAGACAUCUUCGAUCUCUUAUACUGUCGGCCGACGGCCAUUUUGGUCUGCAGCGCAAGAGCAAGAAGGAUGACCCCGACGAUAUCUCCUUAGUUGCUGGCCGCGCAUUCUUCCCUGACGAGAGCACUUUCAAAUCAUACCUUGCUAAGAUCAAAUCAAGCGAAGAGAAAUCUACCUGCUCCAGGUUCAACGCGAUUGAAAUGCAGAACAAACUCAAGUUCAAGGGAAUGGUGACCAGCGGUGUAGUUGCCGUAACGUGUGCAAGACAUGGCUUGUUCCGGCAUGGAGGUCUGACAGACCUCGAACGAGGAGAGAAAUAUGCCAAUACCGACUAUGCACUCGCUCAGGUCUUGAAGCACUAUAAAGACUAUACCGACAUCUUGUUGAGCUACGACAUCGCAUGCCAGUACAUGGUGAACCUUGUUCAACGCUUUGAGGUACAAUUUCCGGAGCUUGUCAAGACUGUUCGUGGAGUCGAAGGACGGAUUCCAAGCAUGCAUGUUGAUGGGCACCUUGAAAAGUGCACGUACCGCUUUGGUUUCUCAUACAACGAUGGUGGUGGCCGAACAGAUGCAGAAAGUAUCGAGCGUGGCUGGUCUGAACAAAAACAGGCUGGCGGAAGCACACGGGAGAUGAAUGCCGGCCAUCGUCAUGACACGUUAACAGACUUUAUGAACGAUUACAAUUUCACAAAGAUACGGAAGCUGGCAUCAUCAAUGCAUACCCGGCUGUCAGAGGCACGCGAGGCUCUUGAGGAGCACCGUGUGUACUUUCUGCAUCUUUGCCGUGAGGCCGGACAAAAUUUAGUCGAUCAGUGGUCUGCGAUAUCCACGAAACCGGAGCUUAGGAAUGGAAAAUGGUAUAGCAUCAUAUGCCCUUGUGGCUCAUUUCGUGCAUUAGUUCCUUCUCAGAAAUCUGCUUUCGCCUCAUUGGUUCAAUCUGAGGCAGCUACUGCCGGAGCGCUGAAAGGCGCAGCCCCCCGAGCGUUAUUCCUCUAUACGGGUCUCAAGCUUGAAGAACAGCAGUUGGCUCUCAGAAAUAAGGUCUCGAAACUCUCAUCCCAACCGACAGCAGCCGAUCUGCUGAGUAUAGACAAGGAACGGCAAAAAUUGCGAUAUGGGAUCAAGCAAUGGCGUAGCCAGCAGUGUUCGCUCAUGCCUCUGAUAUUGCCGCUCAUUGUUCAGUCACAUUUCGCGGAGCCUGAGAAUGAGGUGCUGUAUCUUCCAUCCGACAUUGACGGCACGGACAAGCGAGAGGCGUAUGGCCUUUCUCAGCUGGCUGACGAGGAGAUGUCCCUGCACGUUGGAGAGGCACACGACUACCUUCAAAAUGUCCGCCAUGCCGUACGGUAUUAUUCCUGUGUCUAUCGCCACAAAGUCAGGCAUGCUCAGGGUAUUGCGCAAAACACUCGAGCAGGUAAACUUGUCCAGUCUGCUAACGAGGCCAAGCUUGCAUGGAUAGCUAAGUACAAUCAUGCACGAGACCGCAUGAUCAAGCUUGGUCGCUCACCAAGUGAUCCUCUCUUCCCCGCACUGAAGGAGGAGGACACAUGGAUGAAGGAUGUAAUUGUCCCUCAUACCCUCGGAGAUGGAUCCAGG